AUGUCCCUCUCGCGAUCACCCUCUCCCCACCCGGGCGGAGGGUGGUCCAGCCCGGGCCUAGCACCCGGCAGUGGAACCUCCACCCCGCGCGGAUACUCUCCUAACACACUUUCCCCGGGCGGGAUUUCCUGGGCCACAGCGAAAGCGAAAAGUGAUGAAGUGCGCAAAUACCCGUCCUUCUCGACGCGCAAUGGCGGUUUCUUCUCUAGACAGAAAAACAAGCUCUCGGCCCGGUUGCCUAGCUUUCGGAAUCAGGAUGGUGACACUGGUUAUGUUGACAAGGAUUCCUAUCCUUUCGUACACUUAUACCGACGAUCACCACUGGGUGGAGGCAAAAAAGUGGUAAUUAUUCUCGGAUCUAAUACCGAGGGCGGUGUUAUGGAGUGGAAGGGCGCGCGCGAGUGGGCUAUCGAGCGCAACAGUAUUUGGAAUAAGAAACGAUAUGCGCAGGAAUGGGGAUACGAGCUCGAAGUCGCCAACAUGCUCGCCAAGAAACGGUACUCGCACGAGUGGCGCGAAAGCUGGGAAAAGGUCGAUGUCAUCCGUGCAGCUAUGCGGAAGUACCCAAAAGCCGAAUGGUUCUGGUGGCUUGACCUCAACACCUGGAUAAUGGAAUACAGCACCUCAUUACAGCAUCACCUACUUAAUGAUCUGGAGUCCCACGUAUACCGCGAUAUCAACUAUUACAACCCGCGCAACCUCACCCACCCAUUGCCUGAGUUUUACCUUGAUGAGCUAGGCCGUUCUCUGGAGGGGGAUGGAAAUCCAGCUUCGCUCAAUCUGCUUCUUACGCAGGACUGUGGAGGGUUCAAUCUAGGUUCUUUCUUGAUUCGACGGUCUCUUUGGACUGAUCGGCUUCUGGAUACUUGGUGGGAUCCUGUGAUGUAUGAGCAGAUGCACAUGAACUGGGAACACAAGGAGCAGAAUGCGCUGGAAUAUUUGUAUCAGAGUCAGCCGUGGAUCCGGGGUAAUAUGGGCUUUUUACCUCAACGUGCUAUUAAUGCCUUUCCGCCUGGUGCUUGUGGAGAUGAGGUCAAUCCAAAAAUUCACUAUCAGCAGAAGGAUCGCGAUUUGGUGGUUAAUAUGGCUGGAUGCAUGUUUGGUCGUGAUUGUUGGGCUGAGAUGUACAAUUAUCGCGAACUGAGCAAUCGGUUGAAUCGACGAUGGUGGGGAUCUAUCACAGGUGCUUUUGGGGAGAUUUACGAGCGGGUUUUCCCUAGUAAUGAUGAUGACUAG